AAAGUAGCUAGGGUUUUAUUCUUUUCGGUGGUCAGUUAUAAACACUCUAUAACGAAGCUCCGGCGCCACCAUUAAACGCCUCUCGCUCUCUCGCUACUAAAUUUCACGGUAGAUUUGGAAAUGGCGACAGUACCAGGACAAUUGAUAUGGGAGAUCGUUAAGACAAACAACUGUUUCUUGGUCAAACAGUUCGGGAGAGGCAACGCCAAGGUUCAGUUCAGCAAGGAGACCAACAAUCUCUGCAACCUCAACUCCUACAAGCACUCUGGUCUUGCAAACAAGAAGACAGUGACCAUCCAGCCAGCUGACAAGGAACAAGGUGUUGUCCUCGCCACCACCAAGACCAAGAAGCAGAACAAGCCUAAGAUCUCUGUCAACAAGUCCAUCCUCAAGAAGGAAUUCCCAAGGAUGUCCAAGGCUGUUGCUAACCAGGUGGUAGACAACUACUACAGGCCAGACUUGAAGAAAUUCGCUCUUGCCAGACUCAGUGUCAUCAGCAAAAGCAUUAGGGUUGCCAAAUCCGGUGCCAAGCAAAGAAACCGUCAAGCUUAAGCUUUUAUUCAAGAUGUGUGUUUGAAGUAAAACAGAUUUUGCUAAAGAGGGUUUAUGAAAUUGUUUUUGUUGAAAUUGAAUCACAACACUAUGGUUUUUUUUUUUAUUAUUUUAAAAUGUGUUUUCUUA